AUGAUACUGUUUAUGAUAGAUACUACGUCUGGGCACACAUCAGAAAAAAACUGGUAUUAUCUUGCUUCACAACUAAUAAAAUACGAUGCUCUAGAAGUCAUUAAGUGCAUAAUUUCUUCUCCCAUGGAUAUCCAUCUGAAAUUUUUGCAACAUAUCAAAUUAGAAGAAAAUUUUGAUGCUCUUUGUCAAUAUUUUCGCGAAAUAUUCGAUAAAAUCAAAGUUCUAUGCGAUGAUGAAGAAGGAGAUACAUACGGAGCUGCCUUGAUUGACUUCAUUUUGUCAUUUAAUAUUAAUGUACCCGAUUCUAAUGAUCAAAUAGUAACUCGCUUCUACAACCUCGUUAAACCUAAAAUGGGAGGUAAGCUUAAGCAUUCUGCUCUCUGCAAGCAGUUAAUUUGUCUUGCUGCAGGAACUUGCUGCCAUGUCAUUAAUGAGAAAGUUCCAAAGCACUCCAAAGCAAUAAUUGAAGCUCUCGAAAAGUCGCCGAAGUUUUACAAGCAAGCUUUAUGUAUUUUUGCAAAAGGCUUACAAAUCAAACUCGAAUUUGACAACAUUGCAGAUAUAUUACCACUCAUAAAGCCAAAGCCAGACAUCUCUCUAUUUAUCUACGAUAAAAUCAGAAUCGAUAUCAAAAAGAAUUAUCCAAAAUAUACAAACUUACUUUUCCAAAUCGGAAAAAGUCAGUGCCCAGAGCUCAUAGCAUGCGAUGAACAGUUUGAUCCUAUCACCAGGGCGCAGUUUAUUCACAGAUUAGUUGUUGAAAAGAAUUUCACCAGUCUCAAGACAAUUUUAACGCCAAAAACAUACAAUGUCGAAGUAUCUGACGUCGUGUGCGAGUUGAUUAUCAGCGGAUACCCAUCAGAGUCUGUUUUCAAGACUUGCGUUACAAAUCGCGAGAUGAUUUCCCCAACAAUUAACUCUCUCACAACAAACAUCUCCAAAUUUUACCAGAACAUAUAUUCGCUCGAUCUUCUCGGACUUUUUACCUCAUUAUUCCAAUUUUUGUUAACUUAUCCAGAUCCAGCCUAUCAAAGGCAGUGCAUCACUGAGCUUCAGUUCCAGAAGAUAGACGCCAUUGCGUAUCUCUUUCUUUCCGAUGCUUCUCCUGAGAUGAACUCUACAGCUCUUCUUCUGAUGCAGACUUCUCUUGAACUCUUCGCAAUUACGCAUCCAAACUGGGAGAAAAUGAGCUUCCAGUCCCUUCCUUCUUAUGCAUUCGUUGCGAAAAACAUCAGUGGAAUAUUAUCUGCAAAAUUCUUCCUUACUCCAGAAGAAAUGACAGACAGAAGUCCUAAGAAGACCAUAUACGAUGCAUCCAUCUUAUUAACUCCAGAUGUAAACAGAAUUAACUACGUCUGCAAGUUAUGUUCCUCCCAGAUAUCGCAGUCCAUCGAAUUGAGAUCGGCCAUGGAGUCGAUCUUCCUGAAUGACUGCGAGAAAGGCUUUUCUCCAGGCAAAUUCGCCGUGAUUGCAGCGAUUGGCCUGACUGACAUCACAGGAAUGCUCGACGAGGCUCUGAACAACCUCGACAACACAUCCAUCAUAGGACUUGCAUCAGCAAACGAGCGUAUUCGCGACACAGUUCUAGAAAAGAUUGCAAAUAGCAAGAUUUCUCCAGACAACAAGAUAAAAGUCAUUUCAUUCAUGGUACAACGCAUGUUGUCGUCGCCUAAACCUCCAAAAGUCGAGCAUCUCCAGGCCUCGCUCGAUAUCCUGAUGAGCGAGUACCAGACAUUUACAAAAGGCUUCGACAUCCACGGCCAGCACGACAUUCCGUCAUCAUCCCUCAUGUUUGCGUUUGCAGCGGACGAAAUCCUGAAGCAUCUUCCAAAUCCGAAGAGGGACCAGUUCGAGAAGCUCAGCGACUUCAUCAGAAUCACCGGAAUCAACGCUCUCAAGGCUCUCUCCACAAAUAAAUCGGAGCUGAAGCUGCCUCACCACAACCUUCUCACUCUCAGGCUGUAUUUGACGACCCUUCAGCUUCUCCUCCCAUUUAUCACAGAGAUACAAGCAAAAGGAGCGUUCAAACGCGCGAUGAUUCUUGGCGACAUCCAGCCCUGCUACUCCACGCUCGCAGAGUGCGCUCCUUUCUUCCAAGAGGUCGCGAAGAUAAAGCCGACACUGAUCGAGCCAAUGAUAAUGUCCAUCCCUGUUGUUACUUCCAUCCAGAACUGCAUCCUGUUUGUACAACUCGCUCUGACUUACUUCGAUCUGAUGCAGGACAAAGUGUUCGUUCUCUUCCUCGCCUGCAUCGCUGACUCUGUCUCCUACAUAAACUGCAAGUCGAUAAGGGACUCUCUGGAGGGACUUUCCAUUGACCACAUGACGUUUGUCGACAUACCACGCGACAUUCCCCUGACAGACUACAUCUACUCUGUCGUUUCUUACCUCGCAAACGACUUCGUUGAGGCCUCGAUAAAAGUGUUUGGAUCAGGAAUCGUCAACCCAGUCAUGCAGUGCAUAUUCGACGUAGUCAGGCCCUGGGUGAAGGACAUAAGAGUUCUGAUGAAUGACACCUUCGUUAAGAUAUACGGACCGAUAUUCCCUGUCCAAGUCAACCCAGAACUCUGGAAGUUCCCAAUCAGGAGAGAAAUAAUAAGAAACACUUUCCCUAACUACGGAGACUCAAGCUCUGUUCUGUGCAACGCAAUGAGCUACUGCAUGGAUCACGGAAUAAUGGAUGAAACAACGUGGCACGCGUUUCUCAAAGUUAAUCCGGAACUGUGCCUCUCUUUCGUUUUUGCAGCGAUGGCGAGAGGUUUUUAUGAUGAGUCAUUCGACCACGUUUUGACUGUUUCACCUCACUUACUUGAUAAUGAAGCAGUCUACAUCAUUGGCUCUGCAUUGAUGCUUAACUCUACAUCCAUUGACGUGUUCAGGAUCUGCUACCAGCAAGUCAUCUCAUUCUACGACAAACACAAAAUAGAGUACGACUCUUCUCUCUCAAACGGUCUCCACGACCACUUCUCAAUGACUGACUCGCUUUUCUCGCAGAUAAUACACACAUUCCCACCAGAAGUGAGAGAUAAGUCUCUUCUGACUCUCCUCGUUUUCAACGACAGCUCCAAACUGCUCUACAAGUCGAUCAAAGCGAACAAAGAGCAGUUGUCAGAUGAUACAAAGGAACUUUACCACAGAUACACAAUGGCAUGUCUCAGCUCUGGAGAAAAGUUCCCCUGCAACGCUCUCAUUAACUUCUUCAAGAUAUUGCCUGAUUACGUGAAUCCAGUGAUGAUUGUAAAGGAACUCCUCGCAAGUAACGACAAAGACGCGGCGAAGGCAGCAAUAAAUAUCAUCAAAAUAACAAGAAAGACAACAGAUGACAUCGACAGACUCAUUGCACUGGCAAUCGCAAGAGGAAAUAUCCAGAUUGAUGACGCAAAGCCUUUUGUUUACUCGCAAAGUGGCCAGGCACUUAAGUUCUGGUGCACGGAUGACGAAGGAGAGAUUGACACACAGCAGUUGAGAGCAUUCAUAUCCUAUCCAAACGAAAGUACAAUUAGCGUUGUAACAAGAAAAGUUGAGAAAAUUUCUGCAGAGGUUCUAAACGGAGCAGCGCCUUUGAUAUUUGCACCAGAUGUCAUUGAGUUCUCGUCUUUGAUGCCAUUCCUUAUGGCAAUCGACAGAGAGAAGAUUGUUUAUCCUGCAGCUCUUGCAGAAAGGAUCGAUGACCCUGGAAUUCCCCUCGACAAGAAAUCCCUUAUCGGAUACUUUUUCACCAAAAUAUAA